AUAUAUGACAUAUUUUACUAAUAAAAAUAAAAAAAUUAAGAGAAAAAAUAACAGAUAACUUUAUCCUUCUUUUUCAAAUACAAUUUAAAAUAAAAGUACGGUAUAGCUCCUAAUAUAUUUGUUUGCCGAUGUUCUUAUAACAUAUCCACACCUUCAUAUAUUAAAUUUAUAUUUAAUAUUAAUACAUUUAAUAUCUAUAUUUUUAUUACAACGCAUAAACACCAGCUAGUUGCAGGUAUUUUCAUUGGGAACAGUUCAAAAUCCCUGCGAAUAAAUCCCGUUGCGGCAGCAACCUUUGCCGGAGAUGCAACUAAGCGGCAGCGAGAGUGACACAGACCGCGGCACGCUCCCCCCCGUCCCACCUCCUCCCACGUCGUGCGCCCAUGGCCUCCUCCUCCUGCGUUGCCUCGCCCUCGCCUCCUCUCCCCGCGGGAAUCGCGGCGGGCCCCACGCCUCGCCUCCCCACCCCGCGCGCACCCACUGCGCUCGUCGCCAUUCCCGCCCGGCUAAAUCAGGAUAUAGAGUGAGGGAGCGAGAAGUGGAGGUGGAGGCGGUGGCUGUGGUGGUUUGGGCUUCGUCGAUCGGAUCGAGUCGUCGUUGGCGGUGGAGAGAUGUCGACGGACUUCGGCGCCCCGGCGGAUGACCCCAAGGUCUUCCGCAACGUCUGCCGCGACCGGAUACUGAAGGACUUGCUGAAGCCGGACAAGGACAAGGAGACCAAAAGCUCAUGGAAGGUUCUUAUAAUGGACAAAUUUACGGUGAAGAUCAUGGCUUAUGCUUGCAAGAUGGCUGAAAUUACCGACGCGGGGAUUUCAUUGGUAGAAGAUCUGUUCAAGAGAAGGGAGCCGAUGCCUUCAAUGGAUGCAAUCUACUUUCUGCAGCCACUGAAAGAGAAUGUCAUAAUGCUUCUGUCCGACAUGUCUGGGAGAUGUCCACUGUACAGGAAGGCAUACAUAUACUUUAGUUCACCAGUUCCUAAAGAGCUGGUGUCUUACAUAAAAAAUGACAGCAGUGUAAUUCCACGCAUUGGUGCACUAAGAGAGAUGAAUUUGGAAUUCUUUGCUAUUGACAUGCAGGGCUUCGUAACUGACCAUGAUAUGGCGCUGAGUGACUUAUAUGGUGCAAAUGAACAUAAUUCAAAAAAGUUCAAUGAUACUGUAAGCAUGAUGGCUACUCGUAUUGCGACAACAUUUGCUUCGUUGAAGGAAUUUCCAUGUGUGCGGUAUCGUGCCCCAAAAGGCGGAGAUGCAUCUGUGACAACUAAAUUUGACCUAGUUCCAAAAUGGCUUGCUACUGCCGUUUGGGAUAUUGUGUCAAAAUAUAAAUCAACUAUUCCUGAAUUUCCCCAUAAAGAGACGUGUGAACUGCUCAUUGUCGACAGGCCUAUAGAUCAGAUAGCACCUGUUAUUCACGAAUGGACCUAUGAUGCAAUGUGCCAUGAUCUACUCGAAAUGGAUGGCAACAAAUACAUAUAUGAGGUAUCAAAGAUGGGUUUAGAACCUGAAAAGAAGGAGGCUUUGUUGGAGGAUCAUGAUCCUCUCUGGCUUGAGCUUCGCCAUGCUCACAUAGCUGAUGCUAGUGAGAGGCUGUAUGAAAAGAUGAAUAACUUUGUUGCAAAGAAUAAAGCAGCGCAACUACAUUCAAGAGAUGGUGGUGAAAUCUCAACAAGGGAUCUGCAGAAAAUUGUUCAAGCUUUGCCACAAUACAGUGAUCAAGUGGAGAAAUUGACACUCCAUAUAGAGAUUGCAGGAAAAAUUAACAGGUUCAUCAGGGAGUACGGGCUCCGUGACAUUGGGCAGCUGGAGCAGGAUCUAGUUUUUGGAGACGCAGGAGCGAAGGAGGUGAUCAGCAUCCUCAGGUCAAAGCAGGAUAUGAGUCCAGAAAACAAACUGAGGUUGCUGAUCAUAUAUGCAAUUGUUUAUCCAGAGAAGUUUGAAGGUGACAAAGGGGAAAAGUUGAUGCAGCUAGCGAAACUGCCACAUGAUAAUAUGAAUGUAAUAAACUGUUUAAGAUACUUGGGAGGUUCAGAUACAAAAAAGACAUCACGGACUGGCGCUUUCUCUCUCAAAUUUGAUGCCCAAAAGAAGAAAAAUGCUGCCAGGACAGAACGGCAGGAUGGGGAGGAAACAUGGGCAUUAUCACGUUUUUUCCCACUUAUUGAGGAACUGAUUGAGAAACUGAGCAAAGGUGAAUUACCUCUAAAUGAAUACCCAUCUAUGAGUGAACCAAGUUCUACUGCUCAAGGAGCUACGCAAACUGCAUCAACGGCACGACCAGCACAAACUCCGCAGCCAAUGUCUAUGAGAUCACGGCGGACCCCAACAUGGGCCAAGUCUCGAAACUCCGAUGAUUCUCAAUCAAGUGAUUCUUCAGUCUUGAGACACCCAUCAGGUGACUUCAAGAGGCUCGGCAACCGAAUUUUCGUCUUCAUGAUUGGUGGAGCCACUAGAUCUGAAUUGCGCACGGUCCACAAGCUUACAAUGAAACUGAAGCGCGAAAUAGUCCUGGGAUCUUCUAGCAUCGAUGACCCUCCACAGUUUAUUUCGAAGCUGAAGGCGAUAGGUGGUGCCAAAGACGUCUAGUUUUCAUGCCGACAGAUGGAACAAAUUCUCACCUUGUAGUAUCCAAUAUUAGCUCUACGUUUCAUCUGGAGGAUGUUGUCAGUUGGCACCUACGGCUGACCGUCGAGCAGAUCACAAAUUUUUCUUGUUUCUUUAUCGAGGAAAUGAGCUGAGGGUAUCAGAAUGUAAAAUAAGAGACGUGCAUACAACAUUUUGUACGCAUUUGUUUUCGUUGUUGGCAUAUAGAAUUAAUAGAAGAAUUGUUAGGGUGACUUUGAGAAAAAUGUCAGGGCCUCUUGAUUUGGUAUGGAACUG